AUGGGAGAUAGCGGGUUUAAUUUGAGUAAAUCACGAAUAAUAAUUCUAGUUGUUGUUGUAGCACUUCUUCUUCUUAUAGAAGGUUUGCUCAUUGGAUUGGUUGCUCGACCUACGUGUAACGUAGUAGUUCAGGAUGAAACGACGACUAAAUGUACCACCACAAAGUCAUCAACUGCAUCAACUCCUAUUACAGAAGCACCGACGGGUCCUUGGACAGCGUUUAGAAUUUCGCACGAUCAUUUACCUAUCUCAUAUAAUAUUGAUAUUCGCCCUGUACUCGAAAUGAAUGCUGAUGGAAAAUAUAUGUUUUAUGGAACAUCGAGCGUAACGUUUAGCUGUGAAACAGCAACGAAAUACAUCAUUUUGCAUAGCAGAAAAUUGAUUUAUACACAAUCUCAAGUUACUUUGACUGAGAACGGAAAUAACAUCCCAAUGAAAAGUAUGAUGUAUUAUAAACCAAAUGAAUUCAUGGUAUUCAAAAGUGAAAAUCUUUGUGAAGUUGCGAAGUUACACGAUAUCAUCAUCAAAAUUGCAACACAGAGAGUGCCACAUUCAUAA